AUGGUUGCAUCUUACGUUUCAAUGCGCAACUGCAGCCUUCGUGAAAGGCGUGGCUCAUCAGUGUCAUUGACAAUUGAUCCUGCUCAAUUCCCGAGUUCAACUCUUCAAAUAUCACCAAUUCAUGAAGAUAUUGCUGAAGAAUCGGAACUCCGUAAGUCACGACGUUUGACACGUUACCAAUUGCGUCAUCUUGAUAUUUCAGCAUCCCUUUCUAAGAUAUACGGAGAGUUUGCUGCCCUUCCAAGUCCAAGUACUUCGUCAUGUGAAAAAGUUGCCGGUUGUAGCCAGAAAAAUCGACAUACAUUGUGGCCAAUAAGAGAAACUCGUGUACGACUGUCAUCCAUUUACAGAGCUUCAUGUAAUUCUACAGCUGAGGAUGUCUGCCGAAGCUAUAUCAAUGCCAACUAUAUUUUGGAUUCGAACUCAAAAUUAAUGUAUAUCGCAGCAGAAGGCCCAAUGCCGAAUACAAUUGACGAUUUUUGGCUAAUGGUUCUUCAAGAACGUACGCCAGCUAUUGUAAUGGUGACCAACUUAGAGGAGAAACCUUUUGGAACUAAACUACCACUAAAAAAAUGCGACAAAUACUGGCCGGACAACCAUGCCUGUUAUGGCGAAAUUAAUGUUACUGUUGUAUCAACAAACUUUUAUGACGGAGUACAAAUUCGCCACAUCGUUUUAAAUUAUGAUGAUGUGGAGCAUCACGUAAGGCACAUUUGGUUUACGGAAUGGCUAGAUCACCGUUUGCCUGUGCAAUACAUCACUCAAAUUUUGAAAGUAGUCGUUGCUAUGGAAAGUUAUAGAAAUGAACAUCAACGAUUGUUUACCCAUGCAGGACCAAUUAUUGUCCACUGCAGUGCUGGAAUCGGGCGAACCUGUACAUUUAUCGCAAUAGCUUUGGGAAUUGAUCAGCUUUAUAAGACUCCUGAAAAUAUUGACGUCUUUUCUACCGUAUCCAGAUUACGCAGACAGAGAUUUGGAGCUGUACAACUUCCAGGACAGUAUGCAUUCAUCUACUUGGUACUGCAACGCAUGGAGAGACUCCUCCCAGAAUUUUUUGCACAGAGUGACCAAGACAAAUUUCCUGCAUGUCUUAGCUUUUCAGAGAAUUCCAAGUCAGAAAGCGGAAACGAUGAUGAACUACUCUGGAAUAGCCAAGUUGACCUCCUUUGCAACAAUUUUUAA